UCUAUGUGUAUACAGAUGCAUCAAUGUGCUGUCUGAUUCAAAGACAUUCUAGACAGCAUAAAGGAGUUUUCAGAAGGGGCUUCUUCUUUGCCACCCUUUAGUCAUGGCUGCAAAGGUUCCUCAGUGGCAGAACUAUCUUCAAGUCAUUAAAUCCCGUGAGGCCCAGAGAGUGGAGUGUUUCCAGAAAGCAGAGAACAUUUUGCUCAUUGUACUGGAAAGAGUCAAUGCCAUGGACCCUAGGUUCAUAGUGGAAUAUUCGAGAAAUCUGGAAGCCUUGGAGUUUGCACUCUGUGCCACUGAAGAUGAAAUAACUAUGGAGGUUCCUUUGUGCAUGGAUGCUGAUGAUCUCCUUGUACAGGAGUGUUCAGGAGAACAGAGUGACUCUGAGAAAGUUACUCACGGAAACUACCAGAUGCCAGGCUCUUGCUACUUGGCAGUACCAAAGGAAGGAAAUCGGCUAGAAAAGUGGACCAAAGAAGAUGUGUUCAGUAUGGUUGGCAGCACUGAAUCCAAAGGGCACAUUUUACCAGGAAAGAUCCUCCAACUUCUGAAAGACCUCAUUGUGGCUGCCAUCGUUUAUUGCAAGCGUCAGUUCCUCAUCAAGCCAGGUGAACUCAGUGCAGAGAGACUAAAGGAAGAUGACAUGCAGCUCCCAUUGCUGAUAUCCAGUGGCUGGAAAAUGAUCUGCUUCAAUAUUGUCCCUGUAGCGAGGAGAAAACAGAAUGCUCUAAAGUUCAACGACAACUGGCGAGAAAGAGGUUUUCCACAAGGCAGUCUAUGGAAAGUCACUCAGGAGGCUGACUACAUCCCUGCUAGUUACUAUCAUUGGAGAUAUUCCACCAGUCGACCCAUCCUGAAACUCCUUCAGAUUAUCAGCACCCGAAAGGGUUACUGUCUGGACAGUCUCUGCCUCCUUGAACAAGUCAACCAUGAGUACUGGAGAGAAGAAGGCAAGAGCAAAGGGCUUACUUUUCACCACUUAAAGAUGGUGUUGCUCUGGGCCACUCACUUUUUCUCUUCCCCUGAAGACUGGGUGAAUCUGGAAGGGUCUGUGUAUCGUCUUCUGGUGAUUUUGCUGUGCUGUUUAGUGAUCAACCAUCUCCCACAUUUCCUGUAUCCUGAACAAAAUUUGUUCCAAGGAGAAGAUGCAGACCUGAGUUCAUUAUACUCCAAAGUGGAAAGCUUUGCUAACAAUCCGAAAUAUUUCCUGAAGUUCCAUUUUUCUGGAACAGAAUAUAAAAUGCACCACCAGACAGAUAUUGGUUUCAAAGCUUUACUUCGCCUCCCAGCUGAAGAUAAAGCCUACUGGGACACUGCCUUCUUUGAUAUGCUUCUUAAUAAGUUUCAGAUGUAUGAGAUUACGGACACACAGCGGGUUUCUGCUAUGUCAAGCAUCCUGUCAAAAACCAAGAAAGUGGUAACUAAUCAGAGUUGAAAACAUCACUGUUCCACCAUGGAGUCUGUACCUGGAUGGAUUUGCUUCACAUUUAGCAUUUCCAGUGAUCAAAAUCCC